UGUGUUUUGUAAUCAGAGCGCUAGCUAGCUAGGCUAACGAUAAGCCAAUUUACUUGGUGCUAUCCCCGUCAGGGGGUGCAGGAAGUAUCUUGACAGCUAUCGCUACAUUGAAUUCUAUUGCCAUCGACCCGAUGGCUAUCAUCGGCUCAAAGGAUCGAGCUGUUUUGUUGUACAAGUUUGUUGGGAUAAAAACGGUGGACUUGCAGCACACAGAGGUUCCAGAAGCUUACAGAGGGAGAGGCAUCGCCAAGCACCUGGUGAAGGCAGCCAUGGAUUUUGUGGUGGAAGAAGACCUGAAAGCCCACCUUACCUGCUGGUAUAUCCAAAAAUAUGUGAAAGAUAAUCCCCAGUACCAGGAGCAUAUUCAACAUUGAUUUAAAGACUUGAUCGAUCAAGACUGAACAGUGAGUUCACAGCAUUAUUGGUUCCUUAGUACGUUACCACAAAAUAUGACAUUGAGCUCUUUCAGGAUCUUCCGUGAAUCAUACAUUGGCCAAGAAUGAAAACCGGUUUGGUGGUUAUACAGUCCUAACCCCAUCCAACCCUAACCCAAACCAAUUUGGUGGUUAUACAGCCCUAACCCAAACCAGUUUGGUGGUUAUACAUAAGUCUCCACUACUUGGUCCCAGACCUGAAAUGUAAGCAUGUUAGAAGUUUUGGAUCCAUUUUUCUCGCACUUAUUUUGGUAAAAGGUUAUUUACAUUUAUAAUGAACCCAAAUAAACAUGAGAUUGUUAAUACAUGAGGUGUUAUGGCAUUUCUUUCUAUAUAUAUCUUACUUCCCUUUUCAAUCUAAGUGUUUAUAGCUUGUAAAGCCACCGAAGUUUAGCCCUAAUCCUGUAUAACUGUCAUGGAUUGGGUCAAUUUGGUUUGGGAUUAAAGUGCUGGAGUGUUUGCAUUUCCGUUUUAGGAUUUGAUGUGUCUUGUGUGUAUAGACUGGUUGGUUCUUAUUUGAAUUGAGGCUCUCGAGACAUCUUGCAUCUUUUAGUCGUGUUAUGAUGACAAUACAUUCCCUCUGUAGAAUCGUUUUUUUUCUCCAGUGAAUAAUUGUGGAAUUCUCGAAGGUUGUGGAGAAAUAACAUCAUGUUCAGCAAACAGAAGGGCCAGAAGGCCAUGUUCCAUCCAAAGACCAACAGGCAGAACCAAAAGAGAAGAAGGUGUGUGGACCCACCUGUGUCUCAGGACUGUGGUUCAGCGAAAAUGGCAGUGACUGGAGGAGGUGAGCAGUCUGGCAGCAGUAGCAGGAAAAGUAGCAGCUGUAGCAGCAGCACUGGCUGUCUUGGAAUGAGUGACCGCAGAAGCAGCACUGUGGCCAGGCUGGACAAGACACCAGCUCCAGCUGGGCGGAACCAGAAGGGCCAGCAGCAUGUGAGGGAAGGACGUCUCCUCUCCAGCAGAUGGGACCCUCCUGCAGUCAGCACCUUCCAUCUUCCUGCCCACUCUGGAACCUCUUGCUCCUCUGUCAGCCAUCUUGACCAAUGCUCUACCCCAGAUGCAGAUUGUCUGGACUCACGGACAGUAGAACGUGGUUCCUCGUCCCUUGAGAACACAGCUCCAGACGUUCAGCAGAGAUCUCCCCACUCCAGUGGUCUUGGAGACAUGUUUAGCAGGACAGAGCAGUGUGAAGGAGAUGAGACCAACCUCUCCUCAGAGCUGACAUCUUCUUCUGCUCCCCCUGCCAACACAACACGGCAAACUUGCUACAACAGACUUCCCCACAGCAAGAAACAACCUGAACUACUUAGCUUCAAAAAGGGAUGGAUGACAAGAUUGUAUGAAGAUGGGCAGUGGAGGAAACACUGGUUUGUCCUGACUGACCAAAUCCUGAGAUUUUACAGAGACUCUGUCGCCGAAGAGGCAGCAGAUAUGGAUGGCGAGAUAAAUUUGUCCUCUUGUUAUGACAUCACGGACUACCCAGCUCAGAGAAAUUAUGGGUUCCAGAUCCAUACUGAAGAGGGAGUGUGCACGUUGUGUGCACUAACAGCUGGGAUACGACGCAGCUGGGUGCAAGCGGUGAUGAAGACUGUGAGGCCCUUUGUCAACCCAGAUGUUACCAGCUCUAACCCAGACCAAAGUGCUCCACUGCGAUCACAAGUUCCGAAAUACAAAGGGCCGCAACCAGUGGAGGGAGCUGAGAAAACUGUGCAGCCGAAGAGCUGUGGUUUAGACUGUUGCCCAGAGAGGAGGUUGAAACCCUUUGACGGGACAGAGACGAGCCUCAAACAGGUCCAGCGGGAGGACCUGAGCAGAGGGAGACGAGGGACCUCUGGGGCCGGCGGCUCACCACCCUGCCCUGUGUCUUCACAAGGAUUCUCCUCCACCAGCUCAUCAUUUCAGUGUCUCAGAGAUAUUGCAUUGCUAGAGGCUUCACCUAUUACCAAGUCUACAGAGACAGGUGUGACAGAAACACUUAAAUAUGGCGGUACUGAAAAAAAGGUUGAGGUUGAUAGCUUUGAAUCUACACCAGAGCUAUCCAAUGACAAUCCCCCCGGAGUUCAGCUGGAGAUGGAGGUAGAGACUACGCCCUUGAGAGAAGAGAGACCUGAACCGGUGGAGGAGAGAGCAAAUCGAUCCUCUAAACAGCUAGUCAAAGAGUUGGAGAAGACACAGCUGGAGUUGACCAGAGUUCAACAGAGGAAUCAUAACUUGCAAGAACAAAUACAAGAAGAGAGAGGACGCUAUUUUAGGGAGGUACACCUUCUGCAGAAUGGCCUGCUGUCAUCUCCCAAUUCACCCUCUUCAGCACAAGCUAGUGCCUUUCAGCGGCUACAGAAACUGAACCAAGAUUUGCGGUUUGAGCUGGAGGCUCAGAGGCGAUGUCAGGAGGACGCGUGUGAGGCGGAGCUAAGAACAAGGGCUGAGUUGUUAGCUCUGCAGGCACAGGUGUUGAGUAGCAGUGAGGCUUCAGCGCUCGCAUGCUGCGCCAAGGUGGAGCAGGAACAUCAGAGCUCUCAGGAACAGUGGCAGGAGAUGGAGGGCUGUGGAACUUCACUGCAAAUGCAGCAGGUCAAUAGUGAGAAACUCAGUGCGGCACCUCAUGCCCUCCAGCAGGAGGCGCUGUGUCUUAGGGAACAACUGCGAGAGGCGUCAACAAAACUGUGUGCCAAUGAGAAGGCACAGGCGGAGAAGGAGGAGCAUCUACAGAAACACCUCAGAUUACUGCAGGAGAGCCAGGAUAGGGAGAGGAGAAUCCUAGCUGCUGGUUUGGCACAGGCUGAGUGUCGUGCUCAACACCUGCAGGAGCAGCUGGAUAGGGCGGAGCAGCAGGUGGAGAUCUUCAGGAAGGGACAUACGUCGGUCAUGGGAGUUGUAGAAGUAGAACAACAGCUUCAAGAGGAGCUAACCCGCACAGUAGUUGCAGUGGGCGUGCUACAGGAGGAGAGGGCUCAGCUCAAGCAACACUGCCAAAAGUUACAGAAGCAGCUUUCCGAGGCUGAUAGACAGGUGAGCAAGCUGCAGAGCCGUCUGGAGACAGAGGAGACGGACUACUACAACCUGGAGCACUCUUACGAAAGGGCCUGUGAGGAGCUUCAGAUAGCCGAGGGGCAGGCACGAGACAGGGAAGCUGUGGCAUGUGAUGUCAGGGAAGGCUACGAGAGCAUUCUGGACAGGAAAGAACGAGAGCUAAGCGAAAUUCUAGUUAAGAUGGCAGCCUUAGGUAACAGCCUUGAAGAGACGGAAAGGAAGCUAAGUGAGGUAAUGGAAGGAUGCAGCUGUGCCUCCUCUGUAGUGGACACAAAGUCUUUAGAGCAGAAGGGUAAAAAACAACAAGUAACAGGGUCUCUGUUUAGAGUGACUGAUAACAGACUGAUCACAUCCAGCAGUCUGAGAGCGUGGGAAACCCAGACGUCUCCCCACAUCAACUGUCCUGAUGAAGAACAUGUAGAUGGCAGCAAGUCUGGCAUCGAGUGCUCCAGAGAUCCUCCCUCUCCCGUUGACCAGCACAUUGUUGCUGCAGGGGACGACCCAGAUAGUUUCAUGUCUGUCAUAAAGGGCCUUGAGAACAAGCUAUAUAUGACAGAGGAGAAGCUGAGAGAUUUAACCCAAAGACUGAAGGAGCCGCAGGGCAGAUGGAGCAGUACCGACCCCCACCUGCAGUCCCAGCUCACCCAGAGCCAGGCCACGGCCCAGCGUCUCAGCCUUCUGCUCCACAACCAGGCCAAGCAAAGCCGGACCUUUGCUCUGGAAACAGAGAGACGCACCAGGAUGCUUGAAGGCCAGUUACAGGCAGCACUUGCAAGCGUACAAACCUGCCAAGAAACACUUACAUCUCUGCUAAGAAACUGUGGCAAAAGUAACACAAAAACUGACAGUGCACUCUAUGAAUUUGAGAUGCAGUUAGUUGCUGCUGCUGUCUGCCUCCGGCAGGGGGGGGUAGUGACUGAGGAUCAACAGCGUGAGUGCUGUCGUUUUUACAAGGAGAGAGAAGAACUGAUCGACUAUAAAAUUUCACCGGAAGGUAAUGGUUUGGGAAGUGGACCAUACAAGUUUCCCCACAGUUUGCUCUCGGAGGAUGGAAUGGAACCGUUUGGUCAACUGUUAACCUUGGAAGCAUCAAUAAUGGAAAGAAUGGUGUCAAUCCUACAAAGUCAAAAUAUCUCCCAUGGUUUGGCUGACCUUUUGCUCACUGUGGAUGAGGCUGAUGUUGCACAAAUGUACAAAAGUGUGCUUUUAAGAAGAAACGCAAUAGAAGAAGAGGAAAGAAUUCAGAUCAGAGAAUCAGAGCAGGAAAUGAUUGAAAGUUCUAUUCAUAGGGUCUGUACUAGAGCAGAAUUGACAUAUUUAGCUUUAAAAUUAUUGCGUCGUUAUGAGGACGGACUCAAAGGAGACCUGAAAGCUGAUGACUCGAGCACUGCUCAUCUACAGCAAGACUUCGAAUCCUGUAGUGUAAGUGAUGAGCUUCCCUCUACUCACAUGAGUCCGGCUGACAUCAGUCCACCUGAGCUGGCCCCGUACGAGGAACACAUGCAGCUCAAGGCCUCAAGCUUGGAAGAGGACGUACGGGAGAAGCUGCAGAAUAGGGACACAGCUAUCUUCUGUAAGGGCAAAGCAGAGAAACAACAUGGCUGGGUGGAGAGUCUUGCAGCCCAGCUGCAGAGGAGAGCCACAGUCCUCCAGCAACUUUGCCAGAAAAUCUCUAAACCAAAGAUUAGUAAUGUAGAACAUGCCAGUGUGGAUGACUCAGUCACAAUCUCAUACCCUCUGGAGCAGGUGUUAGUUCAGCUGCAUAUAACUUAUGUGGUUUUCAGGUUGUUCACGGAUUAUGAAAUAGAGUUGCAACAUUGCAAAACAGAAAAUAAAAACCUGCAGUCCCUGUUCCAUGAGGAGCAGCUUGCUCUUCAGGAGGAGCGGCAGAACUUCAGCUACUGUUUGUCUUGUCUUCAGAUGGAUAACAACACUCUGAGAGAAAGUUUGGAGUUGGCUAACAUAAAGAGAAUGGCUGUAGAAAGCGAGACCCAGCAGAAAAUAACUGUUCUUCUUGCAGAUAUUGACUCCAUAGAGGACCGCCAUGAGAGCCAAGUGCAAAAGCUAGAAGAGGUGUUCCAAAGAAAGCUGCGUGAACUGCAGCAGAUCCACGAGGACGAAAUGAAAGGACUACACAGACAACAUUCCCAGUCUGGACUCAGUCCAGGCUCAGCCCUGCAUGCAGAUAAACUGGAAGUGGAAGGACAUCAGUUGUUGGUGUCAACAAUGAAGCAGCAAAUCUCUGAUUUUGAGACUCAAGUAAACACAAUAACAAAGAAGCUACAAUGCAAUUACUUAGAAGGAGAUGAAGUUGCCAUGAGAGAGGCUUGUGAGAAAUACUUGGAAACAGUGAAGGCAUCCUGUGAACAAGGAUAUACUGCCAUGGUGGAGGUUUAUCAAAGGAUAGUGGGUGACCUGCAGUGGCGGCACCAGUUGGAGGUGGCUACAAUCCUGAAAGAAAGAGACAGACUCUUGAAAGAGGAGACUUCUGCCACUGUUGCUGGUAAAACAAGCCCAUUGUCACCACUGGUUGCAAUUGAAGCAAUGAAGAAAGCGCACAAGGAGGAUAUAAGGAGGAGUCAUCAAUCUCCAAACAGCAGCGUCAGCUCAGACAUAAGGACUCUGCGUGCUCAGUAUGAAGAGGAGCUUCAGUUGCUGCAGAGAGAGCUGGAGGUCUUAUCUGAGCAGUACUCUCAGAAGUGCCUGGAAAACUCUCAGAUAAGCCAGGCCCUGGAAUCGGAGAGAGAAGCCCUACUGCUGCUGAGAGACAACCAAGAACUCAGAUCCCAGAAGCAGGCGCUGAAUCAAAGACCGAAGACAAAGACAGAACAGGAGGUGAGUGGGGAGCAGACUGGCACAGAAUACCAGGACAAGGCAUAUGUUACAGACAAGCUCAAAGCUCUUUACAAUGAGCUGAGUGAUACACCAGGCCUCACCCCAGGCCUCACUCCAGGCCUCACCCCAGGCCUCACCCCAGGCCUCACUCCAGGCCUCACUCUAAGGGGCGUCAGUACAGGAAGAGGAGUGAGCCUGGAGGAGACUCAGGUCAGACCCACUGCUGCUCCAGAAUAUGACACGGGGACUUCCAAAAGCAAUUCAGAUUUUCUGGAAAAAGAAAACACCUUAAGCAGACAAAUUAGUGGGAGUCUGAAAGAGGGUCUCUCUCCCCGAGAAAGCGUGCAGCUGUUUGAGUCUCUGGAGUAGAUCUACUGUUGUUUGUAGAGGUUGUAAGUGUGAGUUAGUGUGCCUGCCUCUGAUUCUGUCUCUCUGUGUGUUAGUGUCAGUGCUUGUUCAAAUAUGGUUUUGUGAAUUGGUUAAUGUUGAAUGUUUUUCUCGAUAAAUUGAGUAGUAAAUUGUAACAUGGAAUGAGCAUGUCUGUGUAGGGGGUUAAAUAUUGGCCAAGCAACCAACACGAAUUCCCCUGUGGUUUAAAGGAAGAUGGGAAA